AUGUGCACAUCACCAAGCGUUGCCUCUUUGCCGCCUUCCAAACGGCGAAGGUUGCACCAUGUCGCCGCUGGCUCGCCAUCCGCUCAGGCAGCAGUGACCACAGCUCCCAGGACCGCAGCGGGCGCCAAACCACAGUCAAAGCCGCAGACGACUAAGUCCCAGGAGGACGGCUUGUGGCUCAUCGUGGGGCUGGGUAACCCGGGCUCGAACUACGAUGAAACACGUCAUAACGUGGGUUUUAUGGUAAUCGACGAGCUUGCUCGCCAGGCGGGUAUCGACUGCCGCAAGCUUGAGAAGAGCGCCGCAGUGGGCAAGGGGGAGGUGCAUGGCAAGCAGGUGCUGCUGGUGAAGCCGGUGACCUUCAUGAAUAACUCUGGGGAGAGCGUGGCGGCCCUGGCCAAGUUCUACCGGGUGCCCCCGAGCAGGGUGCUGGUGGUGUCAGAUGACCUGGACCAGCCGGUGGCGCAGGUGCGGAUCCGCGCUAAGGGCGGCCACGGCGGCCACAACGGCCUGAGGUCCAUCAUCGACCGGAUGGGGGGCGCACAGGACUUCCCCCGGAUUAAGGUGGGCAUCGGACGGCCCUCCGGCCCCAUGCCCAUCGCCACGUAUGUGCUGCAGCCCUUCAGUAAAGCGGAGCGACCGGAUAUCGACCUCGCUGUGCAGGUGGAUUGA